GCGCACGCGCAUACCUUGUUGUGCUUUUGCUUUCAACUUGUUAGCCAGCGGGCUCCAGUGAUGUGAUGGCCUUUCUGAGCCUGCUCAUGCGAAGGCAACUGCCGCGGACCGUCAAUCUCUUCAGCCGCCUGGAGGUGCCGCUCGGCAGGCCUGCCCGCGCCGGAGCCUUCCCUGUUAAGAAGCUGCACUCCUCGGCUCGGCUCGGAGAGAAGCCGGGGCCGUUGGCGAAGAGCCGGGCUCUGGAGCAGCAGCAGCAGCUUACUGACCUGGACAAGGCGGACGCUUUGAUACUGAGGAAGUCACAUGAAACAGGUUUUCUCUCCUGGUUCAGGAAUGGUUUGCUGGCCACUGGGAUUGGAGUCAUCGCUUUUGUUCAGAGCGAAGUGGGCAGAGAAGCGGCGUAUGGUACGAGCUUCAGCUGAAAUUCAGCUCACUUAAGCUUUAGGACUGUCAUCCUGAUGCGGUAACAUGAAUGUGAUUCAAGUAGACAGUUUUAUUUCCAAACYAGGCUGGACCUCUUCAUGAAACAUUAAUUAGAACCAGGGUGGUGUAAAAACUUGUUCAGAUAAAUUAAUUGCAGAAUGUAARUUAACAUUUCACAACAAUUUAUUUUACAAAAAUGGCAACUAAAUUAACUUCAACCAUAAUUUUGAAAAAGUUCAUCUUUGUGUAAAAUCAGAAUUAAAAAAUGCAAUGAUUUGCAAAUCUCAAAUUAAAUUUUCUUCACACUGGAACAAACAUGACAUGAYUUCUCCCACAAAUCACCUGUAAACACAGUUCAUCGUGCCAAUCAGAAAUGCUGAUCAAAGCUCUAUCGUGCAAAGAAAAAUCCUUGUGAACACGAUCCAUACGUUGUCCUCUUUUGAUCAGAGCUCAUUUAAAAUGAACCGCGGAUAAAAUAAACUGUUCUGUGGUAAAACAAAUCAAAAUAAGAAAAUUUUGGGAAAACCAUGCGCAAUAAUUUUAGUGGAGAAAUUUGUCAGUUUGGUUAAAAAAAUACA